GAUAUAGUCUUAACUCAGGUAACGAUAUUGAAAAUACGAUAAAAGAUAUCGCAGAUACUCAUGUAUCCAAUAUUACACCAGAUCGCCCAGAUAGUACUGCUAACCCAUCCCAAAAAUUAACAGUAUCACAAAUAAGAGAAGAGCUAAUACAUCAUGCGCAAGCUAGAGAAAUUGAAAAUAACAAAAUCCCAAAAGAGGCUACGAUUCAAAAUUGGAUCAGUAGAUUUUCAUGUCAUUGGAAGGAGGCUAUAGUCUUGCGGGCUUUAGAUAAAACAGAAAAUUCUGAACCUUCAUAA